AUGCGCCAUGCAGGUGUAAAGGUCGCACUGAUCUACAGGUAGAGCCACUGUGGCCCCGCCCCUCCUGAGAGCAGCCGCACCUUCCCGCCGCGUGGUUCCUCCAUCUGCGCAGAUCACCCGCUGUCAUUUUCCAUGAUCUCAUCUGGACUCAAACCCUCGGCUCCUCCAGCUCUUCCAGCUCCUUCGCCCAUCCUCAGGACCACCUGACAUGCUGCAGCUCUUGGAGUAUCUGCAUGACCCGGAGCUCGUGGCCCGGUUCCAGAGGCGAUGCGGACUCUUCCUCGUUGAGUCUGUGAAUGGAGCCCCGGUUAACGGCGAGAAACCACGCGGAGCCCCGGGAGGAAGAUGGGAGCACCAGGACAGCAACUCCAACUAUCAAUACAAGCAGAGUGUAUGCGCUGAUAAGAUCAGCAGACCUCAGUACGAGGUGAGAAACUGGCCCCUGCACUUCCUCUUCCUGCUCUCAGCCAGCCUGGGUAACGAGGUGUUUUACAUCACCUGUCUUCCCUGCAUCCACUGGAAUCUGGAUCCCUUCCUCUGCCGCCGCCUCAUCAACAUGUGGACUUUGGUGAUGUACAUCGGCCAGGUAAUGAAGGACGUGCUGAAGCUUCCUCGGCCCACUUCACCACCCGUGAUCAAGCUGGAGACACGCGUAGAUGCGGAGUACGGACUACCCUCCACUCACGCCAUGGCAGCCACUUCCAUCUCCUUCACACUUUUACUCAGCGCCUGCUCCAGAGUACAGUUCCAGUUUGAGAUCGGCCUGCUGAUGGCUGUGACUCUGUCGUCCUUGGUGUGCCUGAGUCGUCUCUACACUGGCAUGCACUCUGUUCUGGAUGUGCUCUGUGGCGUUUUGAUCUCUGCUGUCCUCCUCUUGUUCACCUAUCCUUUCUGGAUAUCCUUCGACAGCUUCCAGCUGACCAGCCCCUUCUCCCCUGUUGUGGCCCUGACCCUGCUCCUCUUCCUCAGCUACACGUACCCUGAGCUGGACCAUUACAGCACCACACGAGGGGACACCGUCACCAUUCUUGGAGUGUGCGCUGGCUGCUCAGUGGGAUACUGGGCGAACGAGCAGCUGCGUCAGGCUUCUGAGCCCCAGCAGACGUUACCUGUACCCCUGCCUACUUUAACAGCACUGACAGUGGCUCUGGGUAUUUGUCGUGCCCUCAUUGGGAUUGUAGCCCUUGUGGGAAUUCGACAGAUAGUGAAAAAACUGAGUCUGCAAAUGCUAUAUUUCUGGUACAUGGUGCCAGAAAACGAUGAGAAUGCCAGGAUGAGGAAAGAGAUCGAAGUACCGUCCAAGUUUGUCACGUAUACAGCUGUUGGACUCGUCAACUCUUUACUAGUCAACAGGGUGUUUGUUCUACUGGGGCUGCUAUGACUCAACAACACCCGAGCUAUUACGGACCCAUUAUUUAUUCCAUAGUUUCUCAAAAGAUGUUUUAAAAUAAUUAAAACUCUAAAUAAACCCGUAGGAAUGAGUCACUACAUUGUGGCUGAACCAUUUUCUGGCUGAAUAAAGCUUUUAUGCUCUUGCUG